UCCCUCUCUCCGCGCCGCCGCUCCCCGCCUCCCCUCCUCGCCGCCGCGCCCCUCCCCGGAUCCCGGCCGCCUCCGCGGACGGCGCAUCCGAGGCGGAAGCCAUGAGCGACGGCGAGCGCGACGAAGACGACGUUGCGACCACAAGCGCCGCAGAUGACGACGACGACGACGAUUACGAGGAGCCUGGCGGAGGGAAUCGCCUCCUGGGGUUUAUGUUCGGCAACGUCGACGAUGCUGGUGACCUGGACGCUGACUACCUCGACGAGGAUGCGAAGGACCAUCUUUUUGCGCUGGCAGACAAGCUUGGUCCAUCACUGAAAGACAUUGAUCUAACUAAGUCUUCCUCAGUUCCAGAUGAUCCUUAUGAGCAAGACUAUGAUGAGAAAGCGGAAGAUGCUAUUGACUAUGAAGAUAUUGAUGAACAAUAUGAUGGACCUGAAGUUGAAGCAGCUACGGAGGAAGAUCAUUUGCUAUCGAAGAAAGAUUACUUAUCCUCAAACACAAUGUUUGCUUCGGUCUGCAGUGAAGUUUCAGUGUUUGAUGAGGAGAACUAUGAUGAGGAUGAAGAACCACCCAAUGAUAUGGAGUUACCUGGUGAUUAUUUUAUACAAGCUGAGCAGCUGGGUAUAUCACCCUCUAACGACAAUCCUGCCAUCGAAAUGGUAUCUAGCUCGUUACCACAACUAGAGGAAAGUAUGGAUGUUGAAUAUGAAGUUUGUCAGCAGGAAGAAAUUGACAUUGAAGAAGAUCAACUGGAGUCUAAAUCUGCGACUUCCCUCCCUGUUUUAUGCAUAGAGCAUGGGAGUGCGAUCUUGAAGUUCUCUGAAGUUUUUGGCGUACAGGAGCCUGUAAGAAAAGCCAAGACAGAUCACCAUAAGCGGCCAGUGAGUAAAGAUGUCCGGAUCACAAACAUCUCUGACAUUGUUGAAGAUGACGAGGAAGUAUUUCUAAGGUGUGCUAUUCAAGAUGUCUCAUCUUUGAAGCAUAUCAAGAUGAAUGAAGAUUUGGUUGAGAGUGACAGUGAUGAGUUAAUUUCUAGUGAUACUUUUGGGUUUAAAGAUUCGUGCCUUUCUGAACAACCAAUGAAGGAAGCACACAAAGAUUUCCCUACUGCUCAACAAGCUCCAGUUUGUCCUGAUGUUUAUCCACUUGAGCACGAAGACUGGGAAAAUGGUAUCAUUUGGGGCAAUUCACCAGCAAGUGAAAGUCGGCCUUGUUUAAAAAGCUGUGUAAUAUCUGAAGAGAGCUCUGAUACUCACAGCGAAGACGAGGCUAAGGAUUAUGGUUAUGUGUCCAGGUAUUGUGAUGUACAGAGUAGAAAUAAUGGCUCUCCAGAGCCUUUUGGAUUUACAGAAAUGCCUGCUUCAGCUAGUUGUCAUUCCCCUGAGAAUAGUUACCCUCCAUUGACAAAGGAGACUCGUCUGGAGAAGAAUGACCUAGACCAUGCAGAACCAAAUAACAUAAAUGGAGCAGUUAAAAUCGCUACAAUGAAGUGUUUAAGCAACCUCUCUCUACUGAACAAGGAACUGUUGGAAGGAUCUUGGUUGGACAACAUAAUUUGGGAUCACAGUGAGGAUGCUCCUAAGCCUAAGCUAAUCAUGGACCUGAAAGAUGACCAGAUGCUUUUUGAGAUUUUAGAUGAAGAGAAUGGGAAUCACCUCCGCUCUCAUGCUUUUGCAAUGAUUGUUAGUCGGUCAGUGAGGACUUCAACAGUGGAAAAUUUUGGCCAUAAGAACCAAAUAAUUACAUUCGAUGGCCAAUUCAACAUCUCCAAUGACAAAUUUUAUUCCAACAAGGAGAUUUCACAGCAAGCUAAAUCUCAUACUAAAAAGCGUUCUUCAAUGGGCGUAAAGGUGGUACACUCUGUUCCUGCUCUGAAGCUGCAGACCAUGAAGCUAAACCUGAGCAUUAAUGAAAUUGCAAAUUUCCAUAGACCAAAAGCUAAGUGGUACCCCCAUGAAAAUAAACUUGCUGUUGAGUUGCAAGGAGUUGCUUGUAGUCAUGGGUCAAUGACUGUUAUAGUACUGACUUUGGGAGGAAAAGGAGUGAAACUUCUCGUCAAUGCAGAGGAAACUCCACUAUCAGUAAAAUCAAAAGCUUCCAAGAAAUUAGAAUUCCGACCAUCUGAAAAGAUCAAAUUGUUUGGUUCUGGAAAAGAACUUGAGGAUGACAUUUCCUUGGCCAUGCAAAACGUGCGGCCAAACUCUAUUCUGCAUGUUGUUCGCACUGAAGUACAUCUAUGGCCGAAAGCACAGAGGUUACCUGGCAAGGACAAGGCUCUACGUCCUCCAGGGGCAUUCAGGAAAAGAUCUGACUUGUCCGUUAAGGAUGGACAUGUAUUUUUGAUGGAAUACUGCGAGGAGAGACCUUUACUACUCGCAAAUGCAGGAAUGGGUGCUCGACUCUGUACGUACUACCAGAAAACUUCACCUGAUGAUCAGACAGCUACAUCCCUGCGAAGCAACAAUCAUGGACUGGGCACAGUGCUUGCUAUUGAGCCUGCUGGUAAAUCUCCUUUUCUGGGAGAUGUACGCUCUGGGUCCCAUCAAUCAUGUCUUGAGACAAACAUGUACAGAGCACCUGCAUUUCCUCAUAAGGUGGCAUCGACUGAUUAUCUUUUAGUUCGUUCGCCAAAAGGGAUGCUUUCUCUUCGCCGCAUUGACAAGCUAUAUGCUGUUGGCCAACAAGAACCACAUAUGGAAGUAUUUUCACCACGACCGAAAAAUCUGCAGAAUUAUCUUUUGAAUCGGAUACUCGUAUAUGUAUAUCGUGAAUUCCGUGUGAGGGAGAGGCCUGGUGUUCUUUCUCAGAUUCGAGCUGAUGAAAUACCUAUUGAGCAUCCUCUGACAGAUGUUAUUAUGAGAAAAGGAUUGAAGCAUUGUGCAGACCUGGAGAAAAGACCCAAUGGACAUCUUUUCUGGACACAGAGAGCUGACUUUCGAAUUCCGUCAGAGGAUGAACUUAGAAGAAUGUUGUCACCAGAAAGUGUCUGCUGUCAUGAGAGUAUGCAAGCUGCUCAGCAUCGUCUCAAGCAUUUAGGAAUCCACAAGCUUACCCAGCCUGUGGGACUGGCUUCCGCAAUGGAUCAGCUUCCCGAUAAGGCAAUUGAGCUUGCUGCUGCAGCACAUAUUGAGAGGGAAUUGCAAAUCACUAGCUGGAGCCUUACCAGUAAUUUUGUUGCUUGUAUGAACCAGGACAGAGAAAAUAUAGAAAGGCUAGAAAUCUCUGGUAUUGGUGAUCCAUCUGGCCGUGGGCUAGGAUUUAGCUAUGUGAGAGUAAAUCCUGUCUCCAAUUUACCUCAUAAGAAAAAGCCGGCUGCAGCCAAAGGCACCACUGUUACUGGGACGGAUGCUGAUCUUCGCAGGUUGAGCAUGGAUGCCGCCCGAGAGUUGCUUCUCAAAUUCGGCGUUCCAGACGAACAAAUUGAUAAAUUAACAAGGUGGCAUCGAAUUGCUAUGGUGAGGAAGCUUUCAAGUGAGCAAGCAGCGUCAGGAAUUAUGAUUGAUGAAAUUCCAGUUAGCAAGUUUGCACGUGAACAAAGGAUGUCUUUUCUGCAGCUUCAUCACCAAGCUAAAGAGAAAUGUCAGGAAGUUUGGGACAGACAAUUUCAGUCACUUUCUGCCAUAGACGAUGAUGACAAUGGCAGUGAUACAGAAGCCAACAGCGAUUUCGACUCGUUUGCUGGGGAUCUUGAAAACUUACUGGAUGCUGAAGAAUUUGACAAUGAAGAUGUUGGUAAUGCAGAUCUGAGAAGUGAUAAAGGAAACGAUAUGGAAGGGCUUAAAAUGAGAAAAUUCUCUACUCGAGUCCAAUUUAACGAGGAAGAUGAUCAGGCAGAAGCUGCUCUAGUAAAAAAAUUGCUCGAAGAGAGUGGUAAUGACAUAAAGGGGAAGAAACAACCUGUGGAAAUGACAAAUUAUGGCACCUCUAUGUAUAACCAGGGUGCCAAUAAAACGAAGCCCAGGCAAAGUGCAUUGACCCUAGAGGAGAGCACGCCAAGAGUUGUGAAAGAGGAAAAGAGGCAGGGAGCAAAGGGGGACCAACAAACUUUGUGUCUUGUCUGUGGAGCUUGUGGAAAGCUUGGGCACAUGCGGACCAACAAACUUUGCCCCAAGUAUGGGCAGGAUCCAGAAACCUCAGGAUUGGAUGUGAUUUCCUACAGAUCUAAUCCUCUUGAUGAAGCAAGUCAUGUUCAAACAACGAAGCCACCGGGCAGGAGGUUGGUAGCCAAGGUUUCUUCUGAAGUUCCUGAAACUGAAGGGCCCGAUUGCAUCGAAAAGAUCAAACCAGUAAGAUUCAGAUGUGGCGCACCUGAGAAGUCCUUGGAGAGGAAUAUGUCAGUGGCAGGUUCUUUGGUUUCUGAUAAACUCACAAUGGAUGCUAAUGAUUUGAGAUCUACUGGAAAUGUGAGCAAAAUUAAAAUAUGCAGUAAGACCAAGUCUGAAGACUAUCCUCCUGACACUCCUAAGCCAUCUAUCGUGAUACGGCUUCGUGCUAAGGCAGAAAAGGAUGUACCUCGUAAGAAGGUCAUUUUCAAGCAGCCUGAAGGGCAUGUAGGCCAGCUAACAGCUAUCGAAAAUAGGAGUGGUCAGGAACCCAGAAAGCUAAGGAAAAUUUCUGAAUUGCCAAGUUUUAAAGAGAACAUCAGAGAGAAUGAUGGUUGGUAUGCUGGAGAGCCCUGCCAAAUGAAUUCUUCGCAGGAUAGGUUGGGUCUGGAUGGUAACAGGAAAAGCAAAGUAGUAGGAAGUGAUGAAUCCUGGAGUGCUUUUAAAGAGCAGCGAGUGAUGCAGGAACAGAGGCUAAUUCAAGCUAGGAUGCAAGAAGUAAGCAGGGAGGAAGAGCUCCAGAAGUCAAAGAGGAAAAACAAGAAAAAGAAAAGACACGAAUUUCGAGAUGACGACGUUCUUGAUCACAGGCCGUACAGAAAUGACAGAAGGGUACCUGAAAGAGAUCGAGCAACAAAGAGACGUACCCCAGCUGAUAUGGCAGAAAAUGCUCCAUCGGCCAAGCGGCGCAGAGGAGGAGAGGUUGAGCUCUCCAACAUACUGGAUAAGAUAGUUGACCACUUGCGGAACCAAACUUCCAUAUCGUUGCUGUUUCUUAAACCAGUGACGAAGAAAGUCGCUCCCGAUUACUAUGACGUAAUCCAGCGCCCAAUGGAUCUGGGCACCAUCAGGGACAAGGCGAGGAAGAUGGAGUACAGAAACAGGGAGGAAUUCAGGCAUGACGUUGCACAGAUAGCAACGAACGCGCACAUUUACAAUGACACGCGGCAUCCUCACAUCCCUCCGCUGGCCGACCAGCUCCUGAAGAUCUGCAAUCGCCUUCUCGAGGAAAGCGCGGAUGCGCUCAACGACGCCGAAAGUGCGAUCGAGGGGCUAGCGCAGUAACAAGAUACUACCUAACGUAGGCUGCUGAUCCGUAGCGAGGGGAGGGAUGGCGCACUUGUACAUUCCUUUUAGCUUCAUCCCAGUUAUUUUUGCCCGUUUCUUCCUAUUAGGCGCUGGGAGUCAGAAAAAUACAUACGAGGUAAAAAAAUUUUGGGGAGUGUAGACAAGCUCUAGGUUAGCCGCAGAGGCUCCGCUGUAACUAUUUGGCCUCUUGCUGUAAAAAUGUAGCGGUAUAACUUUUGUGAAUAUUCAGAUGGUGUAGUUGUACGUCCUGGAUAUAUAGAUGUAGAAAUGGUAAGCAAAGCACGUGCCUGGGGUUGCACCUGGUCUGGUCUAAUCACUGAUGUUUGAAUCGGCAAUGGUAUGGUGGGUGAAGGUUAUUGCGUGAUGACAGGUUAUAUAUACUGUGCAGAAUGUCCAAAGUCAAAGCGUGUGGAUUGGGGUUAUAUAUAAUGUACAGGUUGCUUACCUGCCUCUCUAUACUUUUAACAUUGCUUGAGCUGCUGAAUGAGAUGUGCAUGCUUUGAAUGGAG